AUUCAAAUGCAAGUCAAAAUUCAAGUGGCGAAACGAACGAGACUGGCAAGCUGUUUAUUUGUUUUUUGCUGUUUUACUUACAUUGUUUUUAAUAAGUGAGACUUUCUUGUUUUCUUAAUUUUGUUUACUAUGGAGUCAUUAUUACAACCUGUGUUGGAAAGUUAUUCUAAAUUUUCUAUUGAAAAAAAGGUUAGCCCAAGUUAUGUACAAAUGUACACGAAAAAUAAAAAUGAAAUUGCGCUCGUUUGCAUUAAGAAUAAAACAAUUUACAAUCACCCAGAUGCUACAGAACAUGGCAAUAAAUGUGAACAAGAGGAACUAGAUCUGACUGGGUCACCAUUGAAACUAGAUCUCAGUCUACACACAAUGCUAGAUGAUACACUUGUAUCUGAUGAACCUCAGCUGUGGAGCAAAGAGGAAGCAGUCCACCUUCCUGUGGGCAUAGACAAAGCACGUGACAUAGCCAACCUUUAUCACAAGAGCCUUGCCUCAGUCACAAAAGCUGAUAGCUUACCAAUGUGGAUUCUCACAAAUCCAGCAUCAGAAGGCAAACCACUGUUGUUAACACUUCAGUCUGAUGAGAGGAACUUUGCUAGAGGUAUAGUCAGUUAUGAAGGUGCUGUGACUUUGGAUGAGGUGGACAUGGAUAUUCUGAUCCAGGAAUUUUGUGAGAAAAAGAAACUUAGUAGUGACAUGGUGACAUCAACGGUAGACUGCAAGUUCCUCCUCUCAGGAGUAUCAUACGGCUCCCACAGCACUGAUGAGCUGUUGAACGCUCCUCACAGCGGGGUCACUGAACUGCAUUGUGAAUGGCCCGGCAAGAUGUUACAAAUACCAUUUAUUAGCUGCAAAGUUCGUUUUGAGCAAGAAGUGAUAGUUGGCCACCUGGCGAGCCCAUGCAAUGCCAUCUGGAAGUCUGUCUGUUCGCUCCACAACAUCAAUCAGCUGCUGGUAGACAUGACUGCUGCAGGAAUAUCAACUGUCAAUUUGGAGAAUUCCGUUGUGAGAACCUACGUCCAAGGCGAGAAACGUAUAGACAACCACAAAAAAGUACAGAACCUGCUGAACGAAACUGAAACGUACGCGUACACGGCCGAGAGCCCGGCGGGCGGCUGCGUGUGCGUCACCGCCGACACGGCCAGCCUCGCCCAGGGUCUCGCCGCCAUGAGUACGUGUGGCUCCAGCAACGACUUCACUUACAAGCUGUGGGACGUUUUGAGAGAUUGCGAAACGGCCGAUGAACUUGUAACAUUGCUCAUCCAGGCAUUGAAAUUUAUAUCUUCAGGCAAGAUUCGACCAUUUAUCGAUGCCAAUAACAAGACAUACCUAUCGAAACUGGUUCUCAAACUGUCGCGGGGUCAUUCUCAAACCGCUAAAGUACUGAAGAACCUCAUGUCGAGUCCCGCUCAAGCGUUGUCGCUGGUCGCGCAAGUGGGAGUGGAGAAGACCAUGUGGGAAUAUACCAGGGUCAUGGCGCUUCUAGAACAUUCCUUCUAUAUAGCUGGGAUUUGGACUUCUGACGCCAGGUCCCACGACUCCAUAGAGCAGAUAAACCAGACAAUCCAAGACAUGACGAUGAGCGGGGACUACACACUGAACCCAUUCGAGAACAUCUCCAAUGCUGAGCACUCCAUACGGUUGGACUGCGAGUCCUUCUACGAUGAAGAUCCCAACGAAUUGACCGUUGAUGAUUUUGCUUCGCUGAAGAAACAUGGGCUGGUUGCUGAGAAGAAGGAUGUUAAUGAGGUCCCCCUGAUAGCCGACGAGAUCGACAUCAGUCCGUGGAAGAACCUACUAAUGAGGUUUGCUCAGGUGCAUGUCUGUUUGGAGCACCUGUACAGAGCUGAGACGUGCUUGAGGGCGGACUUCACUAACCUAAAGCCGAUAGCGUCCCACCUGUUAGAAUAUUACGUUUCCGAGAAAUCUCCCAUCAAGACAGUGGGACAAGUGAUGAGCGACCCCGUGCAGAAGAUAUCUAUGCCUAUAAGCAAUAUCAUCGUACAGGACCAUUUGAAAAAGAAUGCGUUCUGGUACAGAGUGGAAAUAAACAAGAAAGACAACGCUGUAAACAAGGGGCUGAAAAGAGACAGCAAGAUUGUAUACGUUUUUUCUCAACAGCCCGUGUUCCCGCCUUCUGUGUGGCAACAUUUAGAACCAGCCUCCGAGGAAAUAGGUGAAGUAACAACGAUGGGCGAAGACUUGAAAUACUACAUAACGAAGUACGUGUUUAUAUCAAACAGAGUUUUAAAUAAACUCAAUUAAGUGCCUAAUUUAUAUUUAUUGUGCCAUAGUUUGUUCAUUUUAUACAGAUUAAACAUAUUUAUAUA